UGUGCUGUGAGCGUCUGUGGAAUCGGAAACCCAUACACUAGCCCACAAGAGGAUUCAGCGUUUAACAUUUUCUAUCAAGUUACUUUUCUUUAAGCAAGUGAAUCCCAUGGAGAGUAGCUUUUGCUAGGAUUCACCUAGCAAAAUGUCCCUAGUAUCUUGCUUUCGAUAACCUCAACUAAGACUUUCAAGGCAAGACCCCAUAACUGAUGGCAUUUUUCCAUCAGUUGCGACUUUUGUUGUGGAAAAAUGGCCUGAGUGUCAUUAGGCAACCUGGAUGGUCUUUGGCUCUACUUAUUUGGCCACUGGUCAUCUUCAUCAUUCUGGCCAUCACCCGCUCCCAGUUUCCCCCGAAGAUCAAAGACACAUGCUAUGUUGCCCCAAGGAACCUCCCCAGUGCGGGGUUCUUCCCCUUCCUUCAGACCCUCAUGUGCAACACCGACACCUCCUGCUCCAACCACUCUCGCCUGGUGGGCCGCCAUUUCCACCGUUCCCACCAUGGACCCAGAGUGGCCCGGGACACAAGGGAUGAAGAAGAUUUUGAUGGCAUGGGCCUGCUACCUGCCCAGCCCCCUAUCAUGGCUCAUCUCAAGCCUGGGGGCUUGGUCCGAAACGCUCGCUCCCCCCAGGACCUAGACAACCAAACUGACAUUAUGGAGUUGUGGGACAUGCUGCUGAAUUCCAGCCAAAAAGAGACACCUUCAAAGACCUCACUCAUGGCUGCACUCAACAACACCAUGUUCCUUGAUAAGGCGGCCCUGCACACCAUGUUACAGUCCGUGGAUCAACUCAAACAGUCAUUCUGCAAGCUCUCUCUCAGCACCAUUGAUCCGUUGGUCGAGGAGAACAACCCUUUUGUUCUUGGCCUGAUGACAUUUUGCAAGACCAACGACACGUUUCUUGAGGUCUCCUUGAUCAUUCUAAACAAGGUUUUGACCCAGCUGAUCAUGGACAACCCAGCCGAAGUGCUCAACACUGUGGGUGUGGCCGUGGCCGUGUUUGAAAACCUCCAGAAGCAGGACUCUCUGUGGGAACUGUUGUUGGACCUCCCCAACCUGUUCCUGCUGCCCACUGAUGAAGAAAAACUAGCUGCCAGUGCCAAAAGAUUGGAAUAUCUGAAAAGUUCUCUCACCUUCAUCCAGAGCCACUUCCCUGAGGCCAACCUGUCUGUUGCCAUGGUGAAUCCAGUAAUUGAGGGAGGCAUGUCCCUCCUUAAAUACAUGAGCACAUGGAGCGGCAAAGAUGUUUAUGUCUCGCUCCGAGACCUCAUGAUGCCAUUCAACAUGUCCUUAGUGUCACCAGAGUUCAACCAACUUGUUGAGCAAGUUUCAGUCCCACUUAGUAAGGCGGCUGCGCUGCUGGACAGGGCAUCUUUCAGGGGUUAUGUCUGUGGCAACAGCAGUGCUCCGAGCUGGAUAGAGCAGGCAUGCACCGACGGGCAGGUGGACAGAGUCUUUGACUGGAUAAGUCCACAAAAGGUGGCGGAACAGGUGCUCCUCGCUUGGAGCGAUAACUCUGCUCCCACUGAUGUAGAGUUCGCCAAACAGUUCUUGAACGGCCUGUUCAAUGGCUUCCUGACUCCUGGCCUAGAAUCCUCAGAUGGACGUUCACAGCGCAGCAGUCUUGGGCAGCCCCAGAAUGUUCAGGAGGAGCUGUUUGUCAGUAUUGGCUCUGUAGUACUCGACCUACUGCAGGGACUUCCUGGUUGGGAAACUGUCCAUUCCAUCCUCAUGGGAGGACACACUUCCAUGCAGCUUGUUACACAAGCAAUGAUGACACAGCAAGAACUGAUGAGCCUUGUGAUGAAAGAUGCCCAGAAUAUACAGGCAACUCUUCAGGCCUUAAUGCAGAACCAGUCUGUGGCAGACAUCUGGGCCACCAGCAUCAUGGACUCUGCCGUGAAAAGCGCAAUGCAGGCUGUACUGGCUGAGGGGCCUGUGGAGUGUAGCAGUCUUGCUGCUCAGUGGUCUUGGCUCUCCUCUUUAAGCUCCUUGGAUUCUGAGCUCUGGGAGACACUCCUUUGUCCUGGAAAUGGCUCCUACUUAGAAAAAGUCCUGAUGGCACCCUUGUAUCCUGUCAUACAGAAGGUGAACCAACUGGUCGGCGUGGUUGAGGGUAGUGAAAAGUACAAUGUCAGUGCUAGCAUGAUCCUUGCGGAGUGGCACAGCCUGUCACUGACCGCCUCGCAGUAUGGGGAGUUGUUUGAGCACUUUCUCAGUGAGCUGGAUCAAGACUUCCUUGACAGUUUGAUUCCCACCAACGUCACUGUCAACUGGCAAGAGGUCCUGAUACAAAGUGGACUGAAGACACUUGAACAUGUGGGCCCCCAGCUGCAAACCACUGCUCUUUGGGGCACUAUGGAACCCUACCUCCACCUAGCCUACUACAUCAUGACUUACCAGCCCAAUAUCACUGCGCCCCCAAACUGCACCUUGGUUGAAAUGAUGCCAUACUGUGACACUGGCUUCACCCUGGACAAGUUCAUUAUAACCACUGGAUAUGUGGUUGAGGAAUUCUCCACAAAUCCAGCAGCAUUAUUGAGAUAUGUUCAGGGCUCUGUGGCUCUCGUCCAAAGCAUCUACAGGGACUUCUACAUCAAGGCUGUGACUCAGCUCCUCAGUGCCCCUGGGCAGUUGCCAGGUGAUGGAUCCAUAGGGUAUCUACUUGGGAAUCUCAUCCACGUAUUAGACAAGGACCUGCAGCUGCUGUCUAAUCUCAUGUCCAUUGACCAAUUUGCCAGCCGUCUCCCCAUGUCUCUGCUGAGGCACAUUGUGGACGUUCUCGGGUUGGAGCCUCUAGAGGCCAUCUGGGGGGGCACAAAUGACACCACCUCCAUUAUUAACGCCAUCUUGGAGGUUGCCAAAAACAACCAGAACCUCUUUUCUGGCCUACCCAUGAAUCAGACCAACCAGUCCGUUGCAGAGCUAGAGGCUGUCAUCUUGAAGUGGCUUGAAAUGCAAGUCAAUUUGACCUUACCAAUCUCUUUCAAUCUGAGUGAAGCCCUACUGACCUACUCUGCCUCACUGAAUGCCACAGACCUGGCCUAUCUGGAGCAGGUCUUGAAGCCCCUCACUAAUCAGACUUCUGGGGGCUUAGCUGAAUUCGCCCUGAGGGCCUUGGUGCUGCUGAAGGAAGUGGUUGACGCCUCUGAUGGCAGCGACCCUUCUGCUGUGCUGCUGGGAUAUGUUCGCCAGCUACAGGACUUCCUGGGGAAGGCUCUCCAGCUGGAGCAACAUGUCCAGCUCCUUCAGCCUGGCGGAGGCCUCAAUCUAGCACAGAUCACCAAUCUGCGUCCAGUGGUCAUGGAUCUCCUUCAGACUCUGUCAUCCGAGUCCCUGGAGGGGCCAGCCGUAGUGGAGGCCAUCUUGCGCCAGCUCGGUGUUGUGCUGCCUGAAGAGUUCCAGGCCCACUAUCAUCGCCUUGUGAACGACACUCGCGCGCUAAUUGCUGAUUUGAAUGUCUGUCUGGCCACGGGACAGGACUGUGCUGCUGGUGUCUCACAGGUGUCCCAGAUUCUGUAUCAGGUGUCUGAGACGAUGUUAGCCGGUGGGAAUGUGAUCCUUCAGUUUGGCCCCCUUCAAGGUAACCUAUCCCUCUCUGUGACUGGAAAACUGCUUGCUCUGCUGCGUCCUUGGACAAAUGUGUCCUCCUCACAGGAGCUGACCAUGGAAACAGUGGCCCAAGUCCUCUACUUCCUCGAGGAGAUCACAUCCAUGCCCAACAUUAGCGUGGCUGCUCUUCAGCAAAUCCUCAGCUCAUCAAACCUCACUAUCUAUGAGCUUGACAAAAUUGCACAGUUAACCAUGAACACAUCUGUUUCCAUCAUCCUGUCAAACUUGACUGCCAUUGCCAAUAUCCAGCAGUGCUUCCAUGCACCUCACAAUACAUCAUUUAUGGGAUCCAUGAACUCCAGUGAGAUUGAAUGUGCUCUUCAGAUAAUUCACAAAGCAGUUGAUUUUCUUCAGACCUUCCCUUUGCCUCAACAGACAAAAUCAGACUUGGUAGCUCUGAAGCUUAUGACAGAGGUCUUUGCUCAACAGACAGGAAAGGACCCUAUCAAACUGACUGAAGAGAUUCUCAGAAUGACCUUGGAAAACAUCAAAGAAAGCCUCAGGAACCUCAAUCACAGCAAUAUAGAAGAAAUCAUAAAUGAGCUCAACAUCCUUGAAGGCAUUCUCCAGCUUGGUUUUCAUGAGCAGUACCCAAUGGAUACCAUAAACGAAACAUUGCUGGAAAAUCAAGUGUAUGCACAGAAGGUGUAUGCUGAAAUUGCACAGUGGUACCUGAAGAAGCUGGAGAAUGCAACUAGUGACAGCAUGUUUGCAGAUAUCCUAUUUUCCAUCUUCCGCACAACACAAAUGCAGCUUGCCAUUACUGUGGCUCAAUCUGAUUUCUCUGCACUGGUGGUCCAGCAAGUUGAAGGUGUGUUCUCUCAAGUUCAGCUUCCACUGGACGAAUACGAUCUGAGGAGGAUCGGCCAUUCCAUCAUCACGAUACUCCGUGGCCAGCUGGAACUCGUAAAGAUCAAUUUAAAACUCCAGCAGGACUACUACGACUCCAUGGGUAUGCCGAUGAACAUCAGCAUUCCACACGACAUUGAGGUGCAGAUCAUGACGUACAUCAACCUUACUCAAAGUUGGAUCUCAGACCCCAGUUUCACAUCAGCCCUGGCAGGUCUGCUGCAAUGGGACAUGGACACGGUCAACAUGACCACUGUUCACACGGACAUCACCCACCUCAUUAAAGCCAUAAUUCCACUCCUGUCAGCAGAGGAGCAGGCUUUCUUCACCAUCAUCGACAAGGUCUUUCAGGCACUGAUCCAUGCAGUGGAGGUGGCGACUUUCGAAGGUCCUCAAAGUGCCAACUUCACCGAGGCCACUUUGAAAGCAGUGCGGGUCAUCCUGGAAGCGGUGCCCACUGAGAAUGGAACGUUGCCAAGUCCAGUCAUCCAUCAGAUUGUGGAAGCCUUAGGCAGCUCACUUCAGCUAAUCCUCCAUCCCAACAUGAGCUAUGCCGAGUCAAACCACCUCAGCCUUGUUCUUGCGAGGAGUGUGGAGGAUCUGAUCAGGUCACUCAUACCAGGCAUGGCUGCCGAGGUGCUGCUCCCCAUGACCAAUGUUGUCACUACUUACUUUGAGACCAUCUCUCAGCCUGCUGGACCUGACCAGUGGAAUAUAAUCAUUGUGAACAUCAUGAAAGGACUGGCACACAGUCUGCCACAGAACAGCACCGCACAGCCCUACCUUUCUCUCAUCACCAGAGUAACACAAUUCAUCCUGAAUGCAACAGAUGGAAGCCCCAUGGACAUUUUGGAAAGUCUGGGAACAUUGAAUAUCACGGAUAUUGAAGAGGUUGCAGAACAGCUCGGAGGGGUCCUGGGGUCCCUCCUCCCUCUUCUUGGAGAUCAGGUCCAGGGUCUGACUCCACACUCUGCCAAGGUCUUUGCUGACGCACUCCCUGUUCUCAUGCAAAUCAUCACUGGACAGGCUGAUCAACACACUUUUGAAAGGCUUGAAAGGAUUGUUGCAGUUCUUUUGACAAUAAUCAGAGGGACCCCUGCCUGGAAUGAAAUUCCCCCCACUCUCCAUGUCUUCUCAAUGAUUGCAGACAAUCUGAAUGCUCAAGCAGAGUUCAUCCACAGCGUACAGGAGCCUCUGUUAAACCUCACCACAAACCUGCUCCAGGCUGUAAACACCAGCAACUUUGACAUGGCUGACUUUUUCAGAGAAUUCCAGCUGGCUCUACAGCACACCAUUGAAGUUGCCAUACAGACUGCUGAAGAGGGCAGAGCACUGAAUUGCAGCGAUGUGCUGAAAAUGUGGGAGGAGGCUGGAGAAGCGGCAGGGGUCCCUCCCAGCAGCCUGAGCAUGUGGUGCCACAUCAGCCUGGCCCCUUUCAUUGAGGCCAGUAACUUAUCCGGAUAUUUCCCACCAUUCAACACAACGGGAGCUGGACCAGAGGCCCAGUCGGUUAAUGCCACUGCAGCUAAGAUUGUGCAGGUUCUGGAGUCUCUCUACAAUGCCAGUCUGUCCCAGACCUACGCUUCUCAACAGCUUAUCACAGUCCUCAUAGAUCACAUAUCUGCCAGCCUGCCAGGGAUCACAGCAGGAAGCCCAGAUUACUGGAAUGAACAGCUUUUUAAUCUGCAGUUGUAUCAAAGUUUUUCAGGCCUCGAUAUGGCACUGGAUCAAGUGGAGCUGGUUGCUCCUUGGAUGCGCCCCUAUAUCCAGGCCGUGGAGAAGGCCGUCGAGUACACCCUGCGGAACAGCCAGCGUCUUAUGAACACCACAUCAGGCCAGCAGGUGUUCAUGGAGGCCCUUGAGAUUCUCCUGACUGGGAUGAAUGUCACAAGGAACCCAAUGGACAUUUUGGAAAGUCUGGGAACCUUGAAUUUCACGACUAUUGAAGAGGUUGCAAAACAGUUAUGCAAGGAUGGAUGUAACGAUGGAACGUUGGCAAGUCAAGUCAUCCAUCAGAUUGUGGAAGCCUUAGGCAGCUCACUUCAGCUAAUCCUUCAUCCCAACAUGAGCUAUGCCGAGUCAAACCACCUCAGCCUUCUUCUUGCGAGGAGUGUGGAGGAUCUGAUCAGGUCACUCAUACCAGACAUGGCUGCCGAGGUGCUGCUUCCCAUGACCAAUGUGGUCACUACUUACUUUGAGACCAUCUCUCAGCCUGCUGGACCUGACCAGUGGAAUAUAAUCAUUGUGAACAUCAUGAAAGGACUGGCACACAGUCUGCCACAGAACAGCACUGCACAGCCCUACAUUUCUCUCAUCACCAGAGUAACACACAUCCUGAAUGCAACAGAUGGAAGCCCCAUGGACAUUUUGGAAGGUCUGGGAACGUUGAAUUUCACGGAUAUUGAAGAUGUUGCAGAACAGUUAUGCAAGGAUGGAUGUAACGAUGGAACGUUGGCAAGUCAAGUCAUCCAUCAGAUUGUGGAAGCCUUAGGCAGCUCACUUCAGCUAAUCCUCCAUCCCAACAUGAGCUAUGCCGAGUCAAACCACCUCAGCCUUGUUCUUGCGAGGAGUGUGGAGGAUCUGAUCAGGUCACUCAUACCAGACAUGGCUGCCGAGGUGCUGCUUCCCAUGACCAAUGUGGUCACUACUUACUUUGAGACCAUCUCUCAGCCUGCUGGACCUGACCAGUGGAAUAUAAUCAUUGUGAACAUCAUGAAAGGACUGGCACACAGUCUGCCACAGAGCAGCACUGCACAGCCCUACCUUUCUCUCAUCACCAGAGUAACACAAUUCAUCCUGAAUGCAACAGAUGGAAGCCCCAUGGACAUUUUGGAAGGUCUGGGAACGUUGAAUUUCACGGAUAUUGAAGAUGUUGCAGAACAGUUAUGCAAGGAUGGAUGUAACGAUGGAACGUUGGCAAGUCAAGUCAUCCAUCAGAUUGUGGAAGCCUUAGGCAGCUCACUUCAGCUAAUCCUCCAUCCCAACAUGAGCUAUGCCGAGUCAAACCACCUCAGCCUUGUUCUUGCGAGGAGUGUGGAGGAUCUGAUCAGGUCACUCAUACCAGACAUGGCUGCCGAGGUGCUGCUUCCCAUGACCAAUGUGGUCACUACUUACUUUGAGACCAUCUCUCAGCCUGCUGGACCUGACCAGUGGAAUAUAAUCAUUGUGAACAUCAUGAAAGGACUGGCACACAGUCUGCCACAGAACAGCACUGCACAGCCCUACCUUUCUCUCAUCACCAGAGUAACACAAUUCAUCCUGAAUGCAACAGAUGGAAGCCCCAUGGACAUUUUGGAAGGUCUGGGAACGUUGAAUUUCACGGAUAUUGAAGAUGUUGCAGAACAGCUCGGAGGGGUCCUGGGGUCCCUCUUCCCUCUUCUUGGGGAUCAGGCCCAGGGUCUGACUCCACACUCUGCCAAGGUCUUUGCUGACACACUCCCUGUUCUCAUGCAAAUCAUCACUGGACAGGCUGAUCAACACACUUUUGAAAGGCUUGAAAGGAUUGUUGCAGUUCUUUUGACAACCAUCAGAGGGACCCCUGCCUGGAAUGAAGUUCCCUCCACUCUCCAUGUCUUCUCAAUGAUGGCAGACAAUCUGAAUGCUCAAGCAGAGUUCAUCCACAGCGUACAGGAGCCUCUGUUAAACCUCACCACAAACCUGCUCCAGGCUGUGAACACCAGCAACUUUGACAUGGCUGACUUUUUCAGAGAGUUCCAGCUGGCUCUACAGCACACCAUUGAAGUUGCCAUUCAGACUGCUGAAGAGGGCAGAGCACUGAAUUGCAGCGAUGUGCUGAAAAUGUGGGAGGAGGCUGGAGAAGCGGCAGGGGUCCCUCCCAGCAGCCUGAGCAUGUGGUGCCACAUCAGCCUGGCCCCUUUCAUUGAGGCCAGUAACUUAUCCGGAUAUUUCCCACCAUUCAACACAACGGGAGCUGGACCAGAGGCCCAGUCGGUUAAUGCCACUGCAGCUAAGAUUGUGCAGGUUCUGGAGUCUCUCUACAAUGCCAGUCUGUCCCAGACCUACGCUUCUCAACAGCUAAUCACAGUCCUCAUAGAUCACAUAUCUGCCAGCCUGCCAGGGAUCACAGCAGGAAGCCCAGAUUACUGGAAUGAACAGCUUUUUAAUCUGCAGUUGUAUCAAAGUUUUUCAGGCCUCGAUAUGGCACUGGAUCAAGUGGAGCUGGUUGCUCCUUGGGUGCGCCCCUAUAUCCAGGCCGUGGAGAAGGCCGUCGAGUACACCCUGCGGAACAGCCAGCGUCUGAUGAACACCACAUCAGGCCAGCAGGUGUUCAUGGAGGCCCUUGAGAUUCUCCUGACUGGGAUGAAUGUCACAAGUGAGUCCAUUCACCUGCUGCUCAGCGGAGACAUCAACAACAUUGAUGGACCAUCCAUCGACAGACUUCUGAAAUUUGUUAUCAAGGAGGUCAUUCAGAUGAAGCUACUAGGUGACUGGCCUAUGGCAUAUAGUGCAUUGGAGCAGAUUCUUGCGUCCAGUUCCUCAAGUGUUGUCCUGGCGAGAGCCAUUGAAUUAGUCAACUGGUUCGGAACCACCCAAGAAACUGGAAUGGGAUUCCUCACUGAGGCUCUUCGGAAAAUCUACUAUGUGGUUCAGGCUGUCUUAAAGAUGGUGUCACACUUCACCUCAGACCUACCUGGCUCUGAUCUCUUCACUGACAUUGUUGGGAAUGCAUUGAACAUGCUGAGACAGAUCACCAGUACAAGCGACUUCUUUGCCCCACUGGAUGGCCUCCUAGAAGAACUGCAAAGGAACCUUAUGUCAGUGGGUCAGGCUCCAUCCAGGAGGACGCGGCGAGAGGCCAUGAGGGCCAUGGAUGACUUCCUGGACCUCCUGGAGAUCGACUACAAUGCCUUGUUCGAAGCUCUGGCCAUCCCACCCACGCCAGAAGAAAUCAUUGAGACUGUCCAUGUCUUCUUCUCCAACCCUGAUCUGGCUAUUUUUCUGAAGGGCGUAACAAGAGAUAUGACCGGAAGCUCAGCACACGAUGAAACCAUCGACACCGCCCUGAAUGUGCUGUCCCACCUGAUGCUCCCCAGCCAGACCAUGAAUUUUGUGGAGUUGUUCAUGGAGAUUGCAGAGGAUGGCUGGAGUGUGGAGGACUUGGGCAAGCUUGAGAAGCUGGCAGAGAGUCUCGCCAGAACAGUCGACAUGGCCAUGAUACUGUCUCGCCAGCCUUCUCUCAACAUUGCUCAGAGAAUUGAGCAGAUGGCUCAACAGCUCUCUGGUGUGGUGGAUCACCUCAUCAGUCGCAAAGAGAACAUCACUGAUAUAGCCUCAGAGUUUCUCACUGCUCUCAAUAACAUUCUCCUACAGAAUAUCGAAGAAGCUAAAGACAUCAACCCACAGAUCACAGCUAUUCUCAAAGACAUCAUUGCCACUGCCUCCAAUCCAGGAUCACAGACAAGCCUGUUACCUUACCUGAUGGCUCUGGACCAAACUGUGAGAGCUUUCGCCCCGGUUCUCUCAACAGAGAACCUCAUGUACUUCAACACCUCAGGGCAGAUGAUCAAAGCUUUUGCCAUGCUUAUCUCAUAUCCACACGAUGUUGAGAAAGUGCUGCAGUCAGCUGAUAUAAUCUCAGGCUCUUUGAACCAUGUGUUCGCCUACUCUGGGGAGGUCAGCCUCCCCGGCGGCCACUCCAUCCAGGAGGUGGUGUACCCGGUGGUCCUGAGCAGUGCCGUGGCCUCACACAUCCUGUGGAACCUCUCCACCGUCAGCCACACAUUCACCAGUGACCAGGAGACACAGAUGAUGGUGAUCCAGGGCAUCGAGCAGACGCUUGCCCUCCUCCCCGAGGACAUGCAGAUGUACACUGCCGCCCUCAGACCGGCCCUCCUCUCGGCUCUCUCCGGGGUGUCCAGCACAAACCAGAUCCGUCCGGCCUUCUUUAACAUCUCUCAGGAAGUCACGGCCUCCCUUCUCACCAUCCUCAACAUCACAGAAGGCCCAGUGUCUAUGAACGCGCAUGGCCCUGCACACGUCCUCGCUGUCGUAUCCAACCAAGUGUCCCUCAGUGUCUUUGAGGGUCUGCUGAUGGCCUCGUCCUCAUCAGACCUGACGCUUGCCCUCACCUCGCUCAGGCGCGUGGUGAUCACUUUGAGUACAGUGAUGCCAGCCGAAGGCAGCCAUUACCUCAACGUGUCGCUCAUCUUCCUGGAGAACGUCGCCCAGGCCGUUAAUUACACCAGCAGCACAGGGGACCUCGAGGGAGCUAUGUCCAUCGUCUCAGACUUUGCCCAUACCCUUCAGACCAUGGUGCAGUAUUCCGUUGCUGAGACCACAGGCAAUGUUUUGGGAGACCUAGAGGCCACCCUGCAGAAGGCCCUCCAGACCCUUCUCUUCGGCAGUGACCCCUUGACGCAGUCAGCCGAGCUCUCCAAGCAGAUCCUCCACAGCAUCCAUGGCCUUCUCUCUUUAGCCGACAGCAGCAUUGAGACAAAUCUGGCCAGACAGGUUCUGGGGGUGACCACAAUGAAUGUGGGCCAUCUGUUCAUGAUGAACAGCACAAACUGGGUGGACGAAUUACCCAUGGUCCUGGCAGACAUUGCCAAAAGCCUCCCUGAUGGCCUUCCUUACACUGGCCUCAUUAAGAACAUAACUAUCAUCUUGACCAAUGAAACUGAAGACAACCUGAACCUCCUGCUCCACACCGUGCAGACAGCAUCCGAGCUCCUGAUGACUGACAUGUGGAAUGCCAACUACAGUCUGAUGCUGCGGCGCUUCGCCUCUCAGCUGUGUGCUCUGGAGAGGAUGGAAGCUGUCCAGCAGCUCACCCAGACCCUCUCCCUCCCAUCUGGUCUCCUGUGCCAGUCAGUGGCCCCGGCCAUGCAGGCUCUCCAUGAGAUCAUCACCAACAUGACACAAGAUGGCGCUGACCUGUAUAAUGUGCUUUUUGAGCUGUUCGUCGGGGACCCUGCUACCUACAACUUAGAAACUGACUGGACCAAUGUUGUCUCCCAGGUGAUUGGUUUCAAUGUAAGCUCAUUUGCACCACUGGAAAUCAACAUGACUGCUCCACAAGUGAAGGUGGCUGAGUUAUUCCAGAAUGUCACAGCCUUUGCAGUGGAUGUCCGUAAAUACACACAGAUCUCUCCUGAGAUCAUUGAGGCGCUGCUGAAUCUCACACUGCCCAGCAGCAACCUGCAGAUUCUGGCUCUGCUGACCAACUUGCGCCACUGCAGUGACCCCUCCAUGCUGCAGUUAAAUACCACAUACACGCUCCUCUUCAAGACCUUCUGUUCACUCCGAGCUGACCAGUGGUACAACUUUGUAGUUCUGUUUGUCCGUCACGCAAGUGUAGAGAAUCUCGUGUACAAGAUGCUGCUGUCCAGUGACAUGCAGGGCCUGGUCAGAGUCAUGAUACAGAUGGUGCACUUCUUGAUGGACAUGAUGAACAAGCUGCUGCCCGCCAUCCACACGCUGCAGGAGUACCUGAUGUCCUUCGGUAACCUCAACCUGAUGGCGGACUCUGAGUUCCACGGCCUGGUGAGGGGCAAGCGCUCCACAAUCUCCAGCAAGUCAACCUUCACCACGAUUUCCCGGGCCCUGUGCCGAAAUGGAAUCAUGGCGCUUUUUGGCAUCUCUAAAUUGCCCAUCAUGACAGAGACUGACCCUUCGACCAGAUCCGAUCACAGCAGAGAUGAACUCAUCGAUAAGUUCAAGAUUCCCCGGGAUGCCUCGCCAUUCUGCAUGAACUUCUACCUGGACAUGGUGAACACGACGGGCGGCGCUGUGGCCUGGGCCUUCCUGAAGCCCAUGCUGCUGGGCCAGGUGCUCUACACCCCAGACACGCCCCUCACCAGAGAGAUCAUCAGGAAGUCCAAUGGCACGCUACAUCAGUUUGGCCAGUUAAGGACCUACUCGGAGGAGUGGAUCCAGUCAUCAUCAUAUGUGAUGCAGUCAGCAAAACUUCUGAAUCAGACCUUGCCAUUACUUCAGAAUUCCCUCAGGAAUCCAUUUGUUCAGAACUUCAUUGAGGUACAGACAAACAUCAAUGUUGGACAGAUGAAGGAUACUCUCCUGAACUUCUCUAACAUGACUGAGCUCCUGGAGAAAAACAAGUUCAUUGUGACGCAGAUCACCACUCUGUCCAGUCUGAUGAUGAACCUCUCCUCCUGCGUGAACUUUGACCGCUACAAGCCGAUGAGCAACGAGGAGGAGAUGGACAAGCAAGCAGAGGCCCUGACUCAAUCACGAGACCUCUACGCAAGCAUCAUAUUCAAACUUCCUGAAGACAAAUCCAGCACCCUGCCUCCAAAGGUGGACUACACCAUCCGCAUGCAGAUUGACAACUCCAUGCGUACCGACCGGGCACGUAACCCCUUCUGGGUGAGGGAGAACUACAUCAGCAUGACAAGGACACAGAGGUACAACCGAGGCUUCAUUUACCUGCAGGAGGCCAUUGACAGAGCCAUCAUUGAGAGCCAGCUGGGCCAGCCAGUGCAGGAUCCAGCCGUCCAACUCCAGGCCUUCCCCUACCCCUGCUUUGCCAAGGAUGAGUACCUGGAGAGCAUUUCCUUCGCCUUUCCUCUGGUCCUCAUGAUUGCCUGGGUGCUGUUCAUUGCCAACUUUGUCAAGAAGCUGGUGCACGAGAGGGAGCUGAGAUUGCACGAGUACAUGAAAAUGAUGGGCGUCAACCCUAUCAGCCAUUUCUUCGCCUGGUUCAUCGAGAGCGCGGUCUUCCUGCUGGUCACCAUCGUCAUCCUCACCAUCAUCCUGAAGGCGGGCAAGGUGCUGCCCAACAGUGACCCCUUCCUGCUCUUCCUCUACCUGUGCGACUACGGCUUCAGCAUCCUGGCCAUCAGCUUCCUGGUCAGCACCUUCUUCAACAAGACCAACAUCGCCGGCCUGAGCGGCAGCCUGAUCUACAUCAUCUGCUUCUUCCCCUUCAUCGUGGUCAUGUCCAUGGAGAGAAACCUCUCGUUCGCCACCAAGAACAUUCUGAGUCUGUUUUCACCAACCUGUUUCAGCUAUGCAAGUCAAUACAUCUCCCGCUACGAGGCACAGGAGGAAGGGAUCCAGUGGAGCAAUGCCUACGUAUCCCCCAUAGCUGGUGACACUUCGUCCUUUGGAUGGCUGUGCUGGCUGCUCCUGAUUGACUCUUUGGUCUACUUCAUUAUCGGUGCAUACAUUCGCAUGGUUUUCCCAGGCAAAUAUGGAAUCCCAGCUCCUUGGUACUUCCCUGUGAUGCCAUCUUUCUGGGCUGACUUGUGUGGGUGUCAAACAACCUCUAUGAAGUCUGGCAAAGGGCUGCUGUUCUCCAACGUGAUGCAGAAGAAUUCAGCAAAUAGUAAAAAAAAAGGUAAUGGACUGUUCCCUACGCAUGAGGACAGUGAGUUCCCUGCCAUGCCAGUGGGGGUGGCCCUCCAUGGCCUGACCAAAACCUACGGAAAGAGGAACGCCAUCCAGAACCUCAACCUGUCCUUCUACGAGGGACAUGUCACCACGCUGCUGGGUCACAACGGAGCUGGAAAGACCACCACCAUGUCUCUGCUCACUGGUUUGUUUGGCCCCACCUCUGGCAUGAUUGAGGUCUAUGGGAGAGACAUGCAGACCAACAUUGAGGAGAUCCGCCAGGAUCUGGGAGUGUGUAUGCAGUAUGAUGUCCACUUUGAUCACCUGACGGCCAAAGAACAUCUGCUCUUGUACGGUCAGAUCAAAGCACCCCACUGGUCAAAGGCAGAACUGAAAGAGCAAGUACGGAGGAUCCUGAAAGAAACGGGCAUGUAUGCUCACCGGCACAAGCGUGUGGGCACCCUGUCGGGCGGCAUGAAGCGCAAACUCUCCAUCUCAAUCGCCUUCAUCGGCGGCUCCCGUCUGGUGGUCAUGGACGAGCCCACCACUGGCGUGGACCCCUGCUCCCGACGCAGCAUCUGGGACAUCAUCCUGCAGUACAAGACAGAUCGCACCAUCAUCCUGUCCACACAUCAUCUGGACGAAGCAGAGGUUCUCAGUGACCGCAUCGCGUUCAUGGAGAGGGGCGGUCUCAAGUGCUGUGGCUCUCCCUUCUACCUCAAGGACAAGUUUGCUAAGGGCUACAAUCUGACCCUCACAAAGAAGGUGCAGACUCCCGACUCUGAGGAGAGGUUUGACGGCGAGGAGCUGAAGGCCUUCAUCCAGUCCUACCUGCCCGAGGCGCGCAUGAAGGAGGGCUGAGGUGGAGACGUGGUCUACUGCCUGCCUCCGUACAGCUCCCAGAACGCCGUCGCUUUCCGCUCACUGCUCACCGGCCUGGACCAGAACCUGGACUCCCUCCAGCUGGGCUGCUACGGCAUCUCAGACACCACACUAGAGGAGGUGUUCCUCCAGCUGACUAAAGACGAGACUGAGGCGGUGGAGAGGCCCUGGUCGGUCUCUGAGUCCGUCCUUGACAUGGCCGCCUCCAGAGACAGCCUACCUGACGACCUCUCUGAGAGCAGCUUCAAUUUUGGAGACAAAACCAGUCUGACGGGCAGAUCCACCGUGCGUGGCCUGGCUCUGUUCUGGCAGCAGGUGGUGGCCAUGCUGCUGAAGCGCGUGCACCGCUCCCGGCGCGACUGGAAGGGCAUGUUCGCCCAGGUCGUCCUGCCUGUGCUCUUUGUCAUCACCGCCAUGGGCCUGGGCUCCAUCAAGAGCGACCUGCAGCACUUCCCCGAGAUGGAGCUCUCGCCCGGCCUCUACCGCACGGGCGAGCAGCACACCUUCUUCAGCAACCAGAACCCCGACUCCAGCUAUCUAGUAGACUCCAUGAUGACCUUCCCUGGCAUUGACAAUAUGUGUGCAAACAACCCCGAUGACAUGUCCUGUGCCAGUGGCUCCAAGGAUGGGCCGUUCACUUGGACCUCCAGUGGAAACCUCUCCAAGCCAUUUGAAGCCUGCAAGUGUGCCAACUCUAAGCAGGUCUGCCAGCAUGACAACUAUAACCCUCCUCACAUCCGGAACCCCUCGUCCCAGAUAGUGUACAAUCUCACUGGAUUAAAUGUGGAGAACUAUCUCCUGGCUACUGCUAAUGACUUCAUCAGAAACAGGUAUGGGGGUUGGUCUUUUGGAAACCCUCUGCCUCCUGACCUAAAGAUGGACCUGUAUGAUGUACCAAAGAACCGGACUCUAACCAAGGUCUGGUACAACCCAGAGGGCCACCACACCAUGCCAGCCUACCUAAACAGCCUUAACAACUUCAUCCUGCGCUCUAGACUCCCAGCUGAUAAGGACCACCAGCAGUACUCAAUCUCUGUGUCCAGCCAUCCUUACCCAGGCCAGGUGGAGGAGGAGGACGCCAUGGUGAAGGGUCUUGUCAACACCCUGGUGGCAUUGUGCGUCCUGACCGGCUUCUCUAUCAUGACGGCCAGCUUUGUGGUCUACGAGGUCCAGGAGCACCACAGCGGCUCAAAGCGGCUGCAGCACAUCUCGGGAAUCAGUGAGCCUUUCUACUGGACCAUUAACUUCCUCUACGACAUGGCACUGUACUUGGUGCCCGUGGCAUUCUCAGUGGCCAUGAUCGCUGCCUUCCAGCUGCCAGCCUUCACCGAGCGACAGAACCUUGGGGCGGUGACUCUGCUGCUGGUGUUGUUUGGGUUUGCCACCUUCCCCUGGAUGUAUCUGCUGACCGCAAUCUUUAAGGAUGCAGAAAUGGCCUUCAUCAGCUAUGUGUGCAUUAACCUCUUCGUCAGUGUCAACACCAUCAUCUCCACUUCUAUACUGUACUUCCUGGGGCAACUCAAUGAGAGCGAUGAGAGCAUCCAGGCGGUGUACCACACCUUGAGCCACGUGUUCCUCAUCUUCCCCCAGUUCAGCUUUGGCAAUGGGCUGAUGGAACUGGCCCGGGUAGACUUGCAGGUUCAGAUCCUGAAGGCCUAUGGUGUGGAUGCUUACAAGGACCCAUACAGCGCAGACAUGCUUGGCUGGAUGUUCCUCUCCCUUGUCCUCCAAGGGCUCCUGGCCUUCACACUACGGCUGCUGAUGAACAAAUGGCUCAUGCGCAAAAUCAGGAGCUUCUUCUGCCGUGGAAAGGUCGAGCCGCAGAAGGGCACCUGGGAUGAGGACGAGGACGUGGUCGCAGAGCACCGUCGUGUUUACAGUGGAGAGGCUGACACUGAUGUGCUUCAGCUGAGCCAGCUCUCUAAGAUCUAUCAGCACCUCAGCAAGAAAGUACAGGCUGUCAAGAGGCUGUCUGUGGGCAUACCAGCUGGAGAAUGCUUUGGACUUCUUGGUGUCAACGGAGCUGGCAAGACAACCACCUUCAAAAUGCUGACAGGAGACGUCAGCCCUACUAAUGGAACUGCCCAAAUCCGAGACCAGGAAGGGCGUAUGGUUGACAUCAUGGACUGCAGGAAGGAGGGCAUAAACAUCGGCUACUGCCCUCAGGUGGACGCUCUGGAUGACCUGCUGACCGGAGAGGAGCACUUGUACUUCUAUGCCAGAAUUCGUGGAAUAUCUAAGAGGGAAAUGCACAGAGUGGUGAACUAUCUGCUGAGGAAACUAGAGCUUGGUUACCAUAGAAACACAACCUCUGAGAACUACAGCUGUGGUACUCGCCGAAAGCUCUCAACUGCUCUGGCUUUGGUUGGAAGCCCCCAGAUUCUGCUUCUGGAUGAACCUAGCUCGGGUAUGGACCCCCGCUCCAAACGUCACCUCUGGAAGAUCAUCUCAGAACAAGUGAAGGGAAAAUGUGCAGUGGUGCUGACCUCGCAUAGCAUGGAGGAGUGUGAAGCACUUUGCACUCGUCUGGCCAUUAUGGUGCAGGGACAGUUCAGAUGUCUGGGCUCCCUGCAGCACAUCAAGAACAGGUUUGGCAGUGGAUUCACAGUGAAGAUGUACCUGGAGAUGGCCUCCUGCAAUGUAGACACCAUCACCAACUACAUGCAGGAACAUUUCCCGAGCACAUACCUGAAGGACCAUCACUCUACAAUGGUGGAAUAUCAUGUUCCCAUCGCCCCUGGUGGAAUAGCUGACAUCUUUGACCAGUUAGAGUCUAAUAAGACUGCACUGCAGAUCAAGCACUUUUCUGUUAGCCAGACCACUUUGGAUGAGGUCUUCAUCAACUUUGCCAUGGGGAAGGUCGGGGUGGAAACGGUGCAUAGCGAGGGCUCGGACUCUGACAGCCUUGACUCCUUUGACGCUGUGGACAUAUGAAGGAUACGGUUCUCUAACUAAAUAGCCAAGGCUAUACAUUGUUUGGAAUAUCAGGAAUAUAUAUAUAUAUACUUUUAUACAAUGAAUACAAUACAUGAGGGGAAAUCCAUUGUUUUCUUUUGAUAAAUUUAAUUGUUGGUUAUCAAGCUUUGAUCACAUGCUGUAUGGAGCUAAAUUUGUCUCAAUAAUAUUUGUAUAUGCACAGAGGGGGAUCCACAAAUAUUUCUUGAUUUGCAUGUGUGUUUUAAUAUCUACAAAUAAAAAAAUCAUAUUUGUAA